AUUGUUUUUUAUUGUCUGAAAAUAGUUAUGGUUGUUUUUUAUUGUCUGAAAAUAGUUAUGGUUGUUUCAUAUUGUCUGAAAAUAGUUAUGGUUGUUUCUUAUUGUCUGAAAAUAGUUAUGGUUGUUUUUUAUUGUCUGAAAAUAGUUAUGGUUGUUUUUUAUUGUCUGAAAAUAGUUAUGGUUGUUUCAUAUUGUCUGAAAAUAGUUAUGGUUGUUUUUUAUUGUCUGAAAAUAGUUAUGGUUGUUUCAUAUUGUCUGAAAAUAGUUAUGGUUGUUUUUUAUUGUCUGAAAAUAGUUAUGGUUGUUUCAUAUUGUCUGAAAAUAGUUACAGUUGUUUUUUAUUGUCUGAAAAUAGUUAUGGUUGUUUUUUAUUGUCUGAAAAUAGUUGAUGGUUGUUUUGAUUGUCUGAAAAUAGCUACGGAUGUUUGUAUGGUCUAA